AGAGUACGGAAAGCGGGAGGGACAAGCUGUCUUUAAUGUUUGGAGUCUGGUUUCCAAGUUAGUGUUUUGUCGGGGUCUGGUGUGACGGUUACUGGAGGUGAAAUCGGCCGAGCCAUGUCGGCCUUCGAGAAACCUCAGAUCAUCGCCCAUAUUCAGAAGAGCCUCAACUACACGGUGUUUGACUGUAAGUGGGUGCCCUGCAGCGCUAAGUUUGUUACUAUGGGCAACUUCGCGCGGGGCACCGGUGUCAUUCAGCUGUACGAGAUCCAGCACGGAGACCUGAAGCUGCUUCGGGAGAUUGAAAAGUCCAAACCCAUUAAGUGUGGAACAUUUGGUGCGACAUCUUUACAGCAGAGAUACCUAGCAACUGGAGACUUUGAAGGAAACCUUCAUAUAUGGAACUUGGAAGCUCCAGAGUUGCCAGUGUAUUCUGUAAAGGGCCACAAAGAAAUUAUAAACACUAUUGACGGCGUAGGUGGACUUGGAAUUGGGGAAGGAGCACCUGAAAUUGUGACUGGCAGCCGAGAUGGAACUGUGAAGGUGUGGGACCCACGGCAAAAAGAUGACCCUGUUGCUAAUAUGGAACCUGUACAAGGAGAAAACAGGAGAGACUGUUGGACUGUGGCAUUUGGUAAUGCUUACAAUCAAGAGGAACGUGUUGUCUGUGCUGGUUAUGACAAUGGAGAUAUCAAACUGUUUGAUCUCAGAAAUAUGUCAUUGCGGUGGGAGACAAAUAUAAAAAAUGGGGUAUGUAGCUUGGAGUUUGACAGAAAAGACAUAAGCAUGAAUAAGUUAGUCGCUACCUCUCUGGAAGGGAAAUUCCAUGUCUUUGAUAUGAGGACACAGCAUCCAACCAAAGGUUUUGCCUCUGUUUCAGAAAAGGCUCAUAAAUCGACUGUAUGGCAGGUCCGACACCUACCACAGAACAGAGAGCUCUUUCUGACAGCUGGAGGUGCUGGAAGCCUUCACCUCUGGAAGUAUGAAUACCCUAUUCAGCGGUCAAAGAAAGAUUCUGAGGGAGUAGAGAUGGGAGUCGCGGGUUCUGUCAGCCUUCUGCAGAAUGUGACGUUGUCGACCCAGCCCAUUUCAAGUUUGGACUGGAGUCCAGACAAAAGAGGGCUCUGCAUCUGUAGUUCAUUUGACCAGAUGGUGAGAGUGCUGAGUAUUACAAAACUCCAGUCAAUUUGACGUGAAGAGUUUGGACUCGACAAUUUCCGGAGGGACACGCAUGAAGCUUAAACGGUGUUCUAGGGUCUUCCAGCCCUCAUUGAACAGUUGGAUUUGGCUGAUGAGUGAAGGCCCAAGACACCAACCUCCCCGCCAGCUUCCAGCCUCUCCCUGGUACAUUCAGGUAAAUUCGGUGACCUGGCUGCACAGCGGCUGCUUCUGUGCUUGGGGGCACCACGUCUCUAGGACCAGUUCUGUUCCUCUCUUCCAUUUCUAAUACAAAGUCAGGAGCCGGUGCAGUGAUAUAUACCUGUAGUUCCAGCUACUCAGGAGCCUGAAGCCUAAGAAUUGCUUGAGCCCAGGAGUUUGAGACCAGUCUAGGCAACAUGCUGAGAGGCUGUCUAAAAAAAUUGUCUUUGAAUUAAAUUUUUAAAAUUAAAAUUAAAACUGAAAAACCAAAGUUGAUAGUUGUUGAUAUUUUAACAUAUUUUAAAUUUGUU